AUGGGUAACAAAGCAGGAAAAAAAACUGGUUCAACGGAAUUAACAGCAAAACAAAUUGCUAUGCUUCGAGCAAAUACAAAAUAUACAGAAAGAGAAAUCCGUGAAUGGCAUGCUGGUUUUCUUCGUGAUUGUCCUAAUGGUCGACUUGAUAAAAAGAAAUUUAUUGAAGUUUACAAACAAUUUUAUCCCCAAGGCAAAGCAGAUAACUUCUGCAAACUUGCUUUUGAUACAUUCGAUCAAAAUGAUGAUGGUUCAAUUGACUUCGAUGAAUUUCUUUUAGCUAUCUCAGCUACUAGUCAUGGUGAUCUUGAUGAUCGACUUUCAGUUGCAUUCGAUAUGUAUGACAUAUCCGAUGAUGGAUUCAUCGAUCAAAAGGAAUUAGCUAAAAUGAUUUUAGCUAUGUAUGAUCUUGUUGGUGAAACUGAUCGUAAAGGUGAUCGUGAUCCAAAAAAACGAGCUACUGAAAUCAUUUCCAAACUUGAUGUUGGUGGUGAUAAAAAAUUAAAUAAACAGGAAUUUAUUGCUGGAUGUAAGAAUGAUCCAGUUAUUCGUCGUUUACUCGCACCAAAUGCUUAA